AUGCAGCGAGUACAAAGCCGCUUUAGGCCUGCAGGUGGCGCAGGGACCUCCCCUGCCUUUUCAGCCGCAGUUGCUUUCAGCCGGCGAGAAACAGAACGGGCUGUCACUAUGGCGGGCGAACUCGAGAGUUCCAAGCCCCUGAGUGGCCUGCUGAACGGCCUGGCCCAAAGCACCUUUCACAAGCACUCGGGCAUCACAGAAGAGCUGCUACGGAGCCAGCUUUACCCAGACGUGCCUCCUGAAGAAUUCCGCCCCUUCCUGGCCAAGAUGCGGGGGUUACUGAAGAUGAAGAAAAAGAGCUACAAUGAGAGGUUAUGGGACUUGCCUGGGGAUAUACAUUCUAUUGCAUAUGCAGACAUGGAUUUCAACCAAUUAGAGGCAUUCCUGACUGCUCAAACCAAAAAACAAGGUGGAAUUACAGCUGAUCAAGCAGCAGUCAUUUCCAAAUUCUGGAAAAACCACAAAACAAAAAUCAAGGAGAGUCUAAUCAAUCAAAGUCGAUGGGAGAACAGUUUUAAAGCCAUGAAUUGGAGAGUAGAUUUGAAAUCUCAGUCGAAACACCUUGAGCAAAUCAAUGCUCCUGUUGCUAUUGUGGAACUAGAACUGGGGAAAAAUGGACAGGAAUCUGAAUGUCUGUGUUUGGAAUUUGAUGAAAUCAAGCUCAGCCAAAUCCUGAAGAAGCUCACUGAGGUGGAAGAAAGCAUCAACACCCUGACAAAUCCUGCCUAACCAUGGAGAUGACUGCAGAAGAAGUGAGGGAAUUUGAGAUAGGAGCCACCACCAAGUUCUAACCAUUUUCUUCUUUAUGUAUGACAUUCCACUUCAUUAAAUUCUCAAACUAGAA